UUGUGUCUCUUCCAAUCUUGACGGAAACACAUCAAUUUCCAAAACCUGCUCCUAUAAACAUGAGCGAACCCCAAGGGCAAAGGCGCUCGCGCCGAAACAAGGACAUGGAGUCAUCAAAUGCAACCCCGACCCCAGAUGUAUCCGUGUCUAUUUCACCAACUAGCCAGCAGAUUCUAGCGACCAAUAAGGAAGAUGCUUGGAUAACACUCUACCAUGCACUCUUCAUAGUUGACAGGGCUGUGAACGGGACGAACUUCAGUCUACCAACUCUCCCUAGUAUUUGGGUUGCUUUCAAUGCCUAUUUCACAUCAAGAAAUAACCCUGAGGUACAGAAAUUGCUCGGGGAAACUACCAGAUUUGAGCCUAAGGACCUCCUAACAUGGAGAAAUCGCGUGGAAACCCUACUGCCAAGGACCACCUCUUAUGUAGCUACCCUUCGAAAUGAGAGUGAGGCAUUGAUACCGCUGAUCACGGAGGAGAUGCUAGUCGACUAUAUUGCACUCAAGGAGAGGUUAUCCUUGCCUAGCGAUCCCGACUUCGGCAAUCAAGCAGCUCUUCCUGCUGACGUCCAAGACUUUCUCACAAGAUGUCUUGUCGACCCAUUUCUUGGUCGUCGCCCGCCUCCACAACCAAAGAAAGAGAUGCAAUGGUACUCUGGCCUGACAGCAGACGAAAGACAGAGGUAA